CAAAAAUAUAUUUCAUUUACAUCUUCAUAAGUGAAAUAUUUACUUAUAAAGUAUCGAUUAACGACGUUUCAAAAAUGGUAUUUUCGGCUUUGUUGACGAUAACUGUAUUAAGUACCCAACAAUCAGAAAAUUAUACAAGUUAUAUAGAGGAUUAUAAUGAGUCGACUGCCUCAUUAACAUCGAUUUUAUGUCGAAGUGAAAGAGGUGUUUCUUUGCCAUUUGACAUCUACAGAAGAGACACGUGUGCUCGAUGCUAUAAUUAUCUUCCAUCAUGGGCCUUUGUUGAUACUGAAUGGAGAUUUAUUUAUAAUUAUCGCACCGGUGCACUGAAAGAUCCAAGGUCAAAUAUAAGUUACUUAAUAGAUCCCGGGAAUUCGUCUCAUCCCAUAUUUGAUACGUUUAAAAAUAAAGUAUUUGUCUCAAAAUGGAUAGAAUGUUGUCGUGCCGCUGUUGCAUGCUGUCAGAAAAUGAUGAAGGAUCCCAUUCCUGUAAAUGAAACUCUUUAUUGCCCGAGAACAUGGGAUGGUUGGCAAUGUUGGACAGAUACUCCUUCGGGACAAGUUGCAAAAUCUGUUUGUCAAGAGCAUAUAUACUUCUCUAGCGAGCCGCCAUCGUGUCCAAGAUACGCUAUCAAAACUUGUAUGCCAAAUGGGAAAUGGUACUUACGCAAUUUUUAUAAAACUGAAUGGACUAAUUACAACGAAUGUGGAAGAGUUCAGGGAAUACUACGACUUCAAUAUUUUCACAUAGCGACAUACUGUAUAUCAAUAUUUUUCUUAAUACCGGCUAUAUUCAUUUUUAUCAUAUAUAAGUAUGUUUAUCAAAAUAAUAUUUAUUAUUAACAUUUUUAAAUAAAUUUUUAUACUAAAUCUAUUUAUAAUGUUUUAAAGACAACUGCAAGUAUAUCGCAUUACCAUGCAUAAAAAUCUCUUUG